CUUAUAUAAUAAAGUAUCCUAUAGUAAUAAGAAAGCUGAAACAAUUACUUAACACUCAAUACAAUACAAGGAAGAAAGUCAUACACAGAAAACCUCUCCCUUUUCCUAUUUUCACCUCUUCUCAACCAUUUAUUCAGAUUCCUUCACUGGUUUUUCUUCUUCCUUUUUCUUGUUUGGAAUUAAAUCAUAUAGAUACAAAAGCCCAUCAAAUCUUACCUUCAUUGCUUGUACACAGUUCGGAGUUUUCAGUGGUUUUGUAUUUCUGGGAAAAUAAGAAGAAACUUUUAUUUGGCUUUGAUUUAUUGGUUUUUGUUUUCCCCUUUCCUUUUUUCUGCACAACUUUUACUGGGUUUAUUCCAAAGAAGAUUUUAAACAGGCUAAAUUGUUAAGAGAGCAAUCAACCCUAUUCUUAUCUGACAAAUUGUUUUCUUGAAAAGCCUUUAAAGGAGACUGGUUUUGUUCAUCUUUUGUUUUUAUUUUUCCUUCUGGUUGAAUUUUCUGUUGGGUGUCUUUCCUUUGACAUUAAGAAAGGAUUAGAAAUUUAAGGACAUGGGAAAGCAUGGACCUUGCUAUCACUGUGGUGUUACAAGCACUCCACUGUGGCGUAACGGGCCUCCCGAGAAGCCCGUACUCUGCAAUGCGUGUGGAUCGAGGUGGAGAACAAAGGGAACUCUUGAAAAUUACACACCACUACACGCGAGGGGUGAAACCGACGAAAUCGAGGACCACAGGGUCUCAAGGGCAAAAACCUUUUCUGUUAAGAACAACAAAGAGGCAAAGGUUCUCAAGCGAAAGUACGAAAGUAAUGCUAAUGAAUUCGGGGGAGUUCCUCUUCCUGAUUAUAAUAAUAACCAAGGAUUUCGAAGAGUGUUUGAUGAAGAUAUUAUUAGCAAUCGGUCGAGCUCGGGUUCUGCUAUUUCGAACUCCGAGAGCUGUGCACAAUAUGGCAGUGCUGAUGCUAGUGAUUUGACUGGUCCAUCUCCAUCCCAACCAGUUGUAUGGGAUUCGACAGUGCCCUCAAGGAAAAGAACGUGUGUUACUCGUCCGAAGCCUUCUCCAGUAGAGAAGCUAACUAAAGACCUUUAUACGAUAUGGCACGAGCAACAGUCUUCGUGCAUGUCUGUAACCUCAGAGGAUGAUUUGCUUCUUGAGAGUGAUAAACCGAUGGUUUCGGUUGAGAUUGGGCAUGGGAGUGUGCUUAUUCGGCAUCCCAGCUCGAUUGCUCGAGAGGAAGAAUCAGAAGCUAGCUCUCUUUCUAUUGAUAAUAAGGGACAUGCUCUGAGUUCUCAGCACGUGCCUAUGCCGAGCCUUGUUGAGGAAAGGUGUGCUAAUUUAUCAAGGGCAGGAAUUGAGAAAAUCCCGAAGCCUUGUAAUAAGGGGACAACAGAACAAGAGCGUAAUAGAAGAGACAAGGGUCAACCUCAAAAAUUACAGAUUUUGGCACAUCAUAAUUCACCACUCGGUCACAUAGACUUGCAAGAAAUCGUAAAUUUGGACAAAUUAGUUACUUAUUUCACAAACGAUGAACAAAAGCGGUUGCUAAAGCUUUUACCUUCUGUUGACACUUCAAAAGCUCUGGAUAGUCUUAGAAGCAUGUUCGAUAGCUCCCAGUUCAAGGAGAAUUUGUCCUCCUUCCAGAAACUUCUUUCAGAUGGACUCUUUGACAACACAUUAUCCGGCCUUACAACAGAUGACUGUAGAGCUGUGAGGAAACUUGUGUUGUGCAAUUCGAGCAAAUCAAAAUGGGUGGAACAGUAUAAAAUCUGUAAGGAGACCAAAGGUAAAAACGUCAUUGAUGAACCAGAAGCUCUGAAAUCAAAUGCCCUCGCAAAUACUGAUUAUUCACUUAGUGUUACAAGACCACGUGAUGGUGGGGCCCACCAAAAGUUCUCAGGGGCAAAGGCAAUAAUAAAAAGUCCAAAAAAGACAGUGAUAAGGUCAAUCUGCAAUGAGGGAGUGAAAAUAGAUAAAGGCUGCUCUUUCUCGAGUCCAAAGCCCUUAUUUUCUUCGGAUUUUGUUGAUGAAAGCUGUGAACAGGAUUUGCUGCUCGAUAUUCCAUCUAACGGCUUGUUCCCACAGGCUGAACUCCUCUCGAGUUCCAGUUUUGGUGCUCAGGCAAGCACCACUAGUAGUACUUCACUAUACCCAUACUUUGGCAAUCCCUGAUUGCCUACUUCUCAACAGUCCAGUUGGGACCCGAACUUUUUUUUUUUUUUUUUG